AUGACGGACAUGGCUAGACAGCUCCUACAGGAGCUCAUGGGCGAGUUCCAGGACAGCGGCAGCAAAUACACGGACUCGAACAUCUGCAAAGACCACCUCGUGGAUUUUUGCCCGCACCAGCUGUUCGUCAACACUAAGGCAGACCUCGGCUACCAAAAGUCACCCGACCGCGGCCGCCUGGGGUAUGAGGGGCGUUCUAUGAUCCGCAAGGUGCGCCGAGCUAUGGACCGUGUCACAGCUGAGGCUGAUGAGAACCUGACCAAUCCAUUCAAGGAGGAGAAGGAAGAAAAGGCUAUCAUCCUCGACGAGCGCAUCAAGCAGGCGCUACGCCAAGUGCAGGAGCAUGGCGAGAGCGGGCGAGUAGAGGAAGCACUCAAGCUAUACUUACAUACUGACUCGCUCAAGACCGAUUUGAAGGCGUUGAAACAGAGGAUUGACUCUGUCAACCCCAUGUUUAAAAACGAGAAGAGGCUGGAGGUAUGUGAUGUUUGUGGUGCUUUUUUGGUUCCGAAUGAUGCGUCGAAGAGGCUGGAUGCCCACAAGGAGGGCAAGCAGCAUCAGGGAUAUAUUAAGAUCCAAAAUGCCCUGGAGGAGUACAAGAAGGAGGGCGGCAUCGUGCGUGAGGGGAGGACUGGCAGCGACUACAGGAGGUCAGAGGACCGUUAUGGUGCUGGGCCCCAUCGCCGCAAGUACAACGAUAGCGGUAGCAGAGCUGGCAACAGAUCGCGGUCGCGCUCGAGAUCGCCCUAUUCGCGUUGCGACAAGCCGCGCGGCUACGACGAUCGCAGCUCGAAUUACAGGGAUAGCUCGAGCAAACGACGCAGGGACAACAGGUACUACUGA